AUGGACGCUACAGCCCAACGAGCCAUGGCAGUGGACACAAGCACUGCACCCACCACAUCUUGCUCUUCUUCGUCCUCUACAUCCUCCUCCUCAGUCGUCAAUGACGCGCCGCAAGAGGUUGUUCCCAAGAACUCCUGCAAAGGCACGAACAAGCGGAAGAGAGCCUCUUCGCCGGACUCCCAAGAAGUAGAAGCCAACGGCAGCACCAAUAAUGGGCACCAAGGCGAGGAGAGCAGCAGCUGCUGCAGCAGCACCGACGACACCGAGGCGAGCGUCGGGAACAACAAGGCCGAAGAGGCGGCAGCGGCAGCGGCCACCGCCACCAGAAGCCGGAGCGGGUACAAGCACCCGUCGUACCGUGGCGUGCGGCGCCGGAGCUGGGGCAAGUGGGUUUCCGAGAUCCGGGAGCCCCGCAAGAAGUCGCGCAUCUGGCUGGGCACGUUCCCGACGGCCGAGAUGGCGGCGCGCGCGCACGACGUGGCGGCGCUGGCCAUCAAGGGCCGCGCCGCGCACCUCAACUUCCCGGACCGCGCCCACGAGCUGCCCCGGCCGGCGUCCACCUCCCCCGCGGACAUCCAGGCCGCGGCGGCGCAGGCGGCCGCGGCGGCGCAGGCGGCCGCGGCCGCGGAGGUGCACUGUGACGCGCAGCCGUCUCCGUCGCCGUCGCCGUCGCCGUCGUCGUCGGCCGAGCUGUUGCCGUCGUCCCACGCGGCCGACGCCGACGCGUCGCCGGAGCAGGCUGCUGCUGACUGCUGCUGCCCCGAGGCGACGACGACGCACGGCGACGGCGACGGCGACGGCGACGGCGGGCAGGGCCAGGAGAGCGCGCUGUUCGACCUGCCGGACCUCAUCCUCGACCUGAGGGACGGGCUGUGGUGGCCACCGGUGUGGCCGGCGGCGGCAAUGGCCGCCGAGGAGUACGACGGCUGCGACGUCGUCGGGAUGCAUGAGCCGCUCUUGUGGGCCGAGUAG